UACAUCGAAGAUAUUGAAGAGAUUGUAGAGAGUGAUCAUGAAAAGCAGGUUUCUAUUAUUAAAGCAACUGAGAGUAUUCAAGUUGUUAUCAAGUUUUUUGAACAACAAGUGGAAAUACUUCUUUUAGAUCAUUAUGAAUUUGCUGCAUUAUGA